AUGAGCUGCCCUCAUCUCGACUCGAUUUCAUCGCUCCCUCCGCCUCUGUUGUCUCAAUCGGUUUAUCGAGAAGAUUGCACCCAGUGUUUCGAUUCCAUUGAUGGACCUGGUGGCCUCGAUGUAUGCCUCCAAUGCUUUAACGGCGGCUGUACCGGCGACCGACACCAUGCGAAUCUUCACAACGUUCUCUGGUCCCACCCUCUGGCCCUGAAUAUUACACGAACCCGAAAGAUCGUCGUCCGAGAUGAGCCCCCCGCCAAGAUGUCUAAGCUGGCUAUUGCGGCCGAGACCGAAGCAGACAAAUACGAUACCGCUCUCCAAGUCAAAUGCCACGAGUGCGACGUUAAGCUUGAUAUCCAGCACCCGAAGGUGGCACCUGUCGUCGCAGGAAUCAUGAGCGCCAACACAUUUGCACGAAAGGAAGAAGUCAAGGCAUGGGAGCAGGAGCUGACAAGCUGCGAGCACAUUCUGAUGCUUCAGCAGCAGGCCUCCCGCAAGAUUGAGCAGGGUGAUUUGAGCCACUGCUAUGCUUGUGAUCUCAAGGAGAAUCUCUGGCUCUGUGUCGAAUGUGGAAAUCUUGGAUGCGGGCGCAAGCAAAUGGGCGGCGUUGAUGGCAACUCUCACGCUCUAGCCCAUAGCCAGGAGUCCGGUCACGGAGUCGCUGUGAAGCUUGGCUCAAUCACUCCCGAGGGUACCGCUGAUGUGUACUGCUACAGGUGCGACGAUGAGCGUCUGGACGACAACCUUGGCGAGCAUCUGGCCCACUGGGGUAUUGUGUUAGCCGAGAGACAAAAGACUGAGAAGAGCCUGACAGAAAUGCAAAUCGAGCAGAAUCUCAAAUGGGACUUUAGCAUGACAACCGAGGAUGGCAAGGAACUCAAGCCUGUCUUUGGCUCGGAACUGACGGGUCUGAAAAAUUUGGGCAACAGCUGUUAUCUCGCCAGCAUCAUACAAUGUCUCUUUGACCUCCCGUCCUUCAAGGAGCGAUACUACUUGCCAAAGGAGGAUCUUCCUUUGGUGGAAGACCCUGCUGGUGAUCUCGAAACCCAGCUUCGUAAGAUUGCAGAUGGUCUGUUGUCAGGUCGAUACUCUGUCCCCGACUCCGACGUCGCCUCUGAUUCUGAGGUCAAGUACCAGAAGGGCCUGGCACCAGCUAUGCUCAAGUAUCUGGUCGGUCGAGACCAUGAAGAAUUUUCCACAAUGCGACAGCAGGAUGCGGCUGAAUUCCUUCAACACAUUUUCAAACUCAUCACACGAUCCCAACACUCUGGUAGUCUCAAGGACCCUACCAAUACAUUCAAGUUCGAGCUGGAGCAACGCCUGCAGUGUCUAGGAUGCAGAAAGGUUAGGUACAGCACAACCACACAGGACAACAUCUUUAUUGAUGUUCCCCUGGAGAAGGUCACCCAAGUCGGAGAGUCUGGAGACACUACUGAUGCUUACAAACCUGUCACUCUGGAGGAGUGCCUUGACAACUUUACAGGCGCAGAAAAGGUCGAGCUGACCUGUUCAGCCUGCGGAAGCAAAGAUGGUUUCACCAAGCAAUCGCUUUUCAAGACAUUCCCCGACACCCUUGCCGUUAAUGCUAGAAAGAUGACGGUGGUGAAUUGGGUGCCCAUCAAGGUUGAUGUCCCUGUUCUAGUCCCCGACGGGUCUUUUCUGCUUGACAAAUACCUCUCAAAGGGUUUGCAGCCUUCGGAAGAGGUACUCCCAGACGAACCUGAACCCCAGGCUGCCGCAUUUGUACCCGAGCCAAAUGCUUUGACCCAGCUUGAGGCCAUGGGCUUUCCCACGGCGCGAUGCGAGAAGGCUUUGCACGCUACCGGCAACUCGGAUGCCAACUCUGCGAUGGAGUGGCUCUUUGCACACAUGGAGGACCCCGACAUCGAUGAGCCGUUGGUCCUGACCGCUUCUUCUGGUGCCGGCGCAAGCACGGCUGAUCCCGAAAAGAUUGAAAUGCUGGGUGCUAUGGGCUUCGGUGCUCCACAGGCAAAGAAGGCACUAAAGGAGACUGGGGGAGAUGUCGAGCGUGCGGUUGAAUGGCUGUUCAGCCAUCCCGACGACCAGGGACUUAUGGAGGACGACUCAGCAGGCGAGUCUGCUGCGGCCGCUCCCAAGGCGCCGGCUGGGAACGCCACGCUACCGGCAAGUUUCCAGUUGCAGUCUAUCGUCUGCCACAAAGGAACUAGCAUUCAUACAGGACACUAUGUUGCUUUCAUCCGCAAGACCCUGGCGGAUGGAACACCCCAUUGGGUUCUCUUCAACGACGAGAAGGUCGUAGAAGCAUACGACGUGGAAGAAAUGCGUAAGUUUGCGUAUGUGUACUUUUUCAGGAGAGUUUGA